CAUUUGCAUAAUCUACAGCCUUUUUUUUUAACAGAUUGUGAUUUGUGAUAAAUUGAAUAACACCUCCCAGUUAAAUGGUUCUUCCUUGUCCUCUCUGGAUUGGUUCCUUCUUAGCCGGCCUUUAACCCGACUUACAGAGCAACGAUCUCUCCAUUCUUUGCUUUUUUAUUUGCGGAUUCACUUCAAUUUUUUUUUAUUGAAUUCUACAUUGUUUGCGUGGUAAUUUCCUUUGUUGUUGCUGCACAUCUGGCCACCGACAACUAUUUCCAUUCACCUCGAAGAGUUCGUGAAUUUUUUCCCUGUUCCUUCUUUUUGACGAGGUGGGUCAAUCUGACUUUGGCUCUAGAUUGGUGGGUUUAAUUUCCUUUUGUGUUUGGAUUGGUUAAGAUCGGUGGAUUUUGUGUUGAGGAUUGAGUUUCAUUCAAAUUUUCUGGGUUUGAUUUGAAAUGGUCUAUUUCCAUAGCUCAAUCUCGGUCUGCAACUCCGUCGACCAAUCAACAAAACUCAUGGCAAAUUCUGUGAAUUUCAAUGAGUUGAAUUCAAAAUCUAGACAUAUUAAUCAUGUGCACAAGAUCAGAAAGACGAAUAAUCACUCAAAUUGUGCUAGUAUACCUGUUUGUGAUCGAUCUCGAUCAGCUGUUAUUGAUGUUGUGAUCUUGAUUGCUGUUAUUGGUGCUUGUGGGUUCUUGUUAUUUCCUUAUAUCAAGUUUGUAACUCUCAAUUUCAUUGAAUUUGUCGGCACCGUUCAUUAUGUGGUCAAGGAGGAGCUUAUGAGAAAUCCAAUGAUAUAUGCAUCUAUAGGGGUUAGUACGUUUUGUGCUGCAAUAGCUGCAUGGAUAGUACUGAUAUGCACAGCUAGGAAAUGUGGGAAUCCAAAUUGUAAGGGCCUAAGGAAGGCAGCUGAAUUUGAUAUUCAGCUGGAGACAGAGGAGUGUGUGAAGAAUUCAAAUGGUACUUUGGUGAAAGAUGGGGUGAAAAGGGGUUUAUUUGAAUUGCCUCGUGAUCACCAUCGUGAAUUGGAGGCUGAACUGAAGAAGAUGGCACCACCAAAUGGAAGAGCUGUUCUUGUGUUUCGAGCAAGAUGUGGAUGUUCUGUUGGGAGAUUGGAAGUGCCGGGGCCAAAGAAGCAGAAGAAGAUCAAGAAGUAGGACUUAUUAUAUUUCUUAAUUUUAUAGGAGGGAUAUAACCAAUGUAGGAGUAGUAUAUUUCUUCAAGCAAAUCGACUUCGAUUCUUGAAUAAUCUAUGCAGGAGCUACCUAGUCCUUAAAUAAGCUAAUGGCAAUAAGUUGUAAGAGAUUUAUAUAUACAUUUGGUUACAGUGGAGAAUAUAAGAAUCCUUUCUUUUAUUAA